AUGGCGGAUCUCCCGGACAGGAUAUCCGAAAUUUUCCACAACAAAACAAUUUUUAUCUCUGGAGCCACUGGAUUCGUCGGGAAAGUCCUCAUAGAAAAGCUACUUAGGGUCACCGACGUGAAGAAAAUGUACUUUUUGAUCAGAAGAAAGAAAGGCAAAAGCCCAAACGAAAGGAUGCACGACAUCUUUAACAACGUCCUCUUCGACUUGUUGAAAGAACAGAGACCGGGCGUGAUAAAAAAAUGCAUGGUAAUUUGUGGAGACGUCUCUGAAAAAGACCUGGGUAUCACCAAAGAAGACAGGGAGACGCUAAAAAACGAAGUAGACUUCAUUUUCCAUUCUGCAGCUACCACCAGGUUCGACGACACAGUCAAGAGUGCCAUAAUAAUGAACACCAGGGGCACCAAAUUUGUUCUGGACCUAGCAGAAGAGUGCAAACACCUGCAGCUGUUCGUGCACGUUUCCACGGCCUACGCGUUCCCCAAAGAAGAAGUGACCAGAGAAAAGUACUAUGCACCUUCAGUUGACCCUCACGCUGUGUUAAACGGCAUAGAGUGGAUCAGAGAGGAAACCAUGAGCAGUUUUAGCAAAAACAUCUUGGGGGAUAUGCCGAACUCCUACACCUUCUCCAAGGCUUUGGCAGAGGCUCUAGUCAACGAGAAAGUCGGGAAAGUACCUGUCAUCAUCACCAGGCCUGCAGUAGUGAUACCAACUAUCGAAGAACCCCUUCCAGGUUGGUGCAACAAUCUGCAGGGACCAAUGGGGUUGUUUGUGGGUGGGGGAAAGGGUGUCAUCAGGUCUAUGUACAUGGACAGCAAAUCUCACGCCAAUUUCGUCCCAGCAGACUGCGCAGUCAGUGGAAUGCUGGUAGCAGUUUGGGAUUAUCUUAGGAAUGAGGGCGCCCCAUACAUCGUUAAUCUUUGCGUGCCGGAAUCUGACAUCAAAAUCAACUGGGAGGAGAUAAUGCUGUGUGGGUACGACGUCAUCAACUAUCGGGUUCCCUUCAACAACAUCCUGUGGUACCCUGGCGGUACCAUGACGAAGAGCAGGAUCUACAACAACUUCAAUUUCGUGCUUUUCCAGCUGAUACCCGCCAUAGUCGUGGACUUUCUCUUGGUUCUGUUCUCCUACAAACCAAUAUUGUACAACAUCCAGAUGCGUAUCAGGAAAGGAGCGGAAAUGUUCGAGUUCUACACGACGAAGGCCUGGAGUUUCGAGACGAAGAAUAUAGAAACGGUGAGGAGAAAGCUGAACGAGAAAGAGAAGAAGAUUUACCAGAUAGAGAGAGAAGUGAUAGACGUCAAGGACUAUCUGACCAAGUGUAUAUUGUGCGUCAGAAGGAAUAUUUUAAAAGAAACUGACGAUAUGCUACCAGCUGCCCGCAGAAACAUGAAAAUUAUGUACGUGCUGGACAAAACAGUCCUGGUGAUUUUCACGGCCGCAGUAGCCUACUACUUCUACAGCUUGAUUCUAGCUCCAGUCUUGAACUUGAAUCGACACUAAUGUGGUAAAAUCACCCUUAAACGAUCAAAGUGCAACGCUAGUCCACAAAGUUACUCUAGUUAAUCCGAGUUUGCUCAAUUUGUUUGUAAAGGUUACAAGUUUUUUGGUAAUAAAGACUUCUUUCAUG